UAAGAGUCAUAUCCAAGCUCAUCACAAAAGAUAAGCUGAACACACAAAAUUACUAAAAUUAUGGAUAAUUACACAAGCUUGUUAAUUAUUUUCUCUUUUGUUUGGUUUAUCUUUUAUCUUUACAAGCUGAUUUCAAAUUCCUCAAAACUCACUUCAAAUGGUAACUCUAGGCUUCCUCCUGGUCCAAAAUCUGUACCAAUCCUAGGUAACUUACUUCAUCUUGGCGAUUCGCCUCACCGUUACUUAGCCAAUCUUGCUACAACUUAUGGCCCUUUAAUCUCUGUUAAAUUUGGUAGUAUUACAACUAUUGUUGUAUCCUCUUCUGCAGUAGCCAAAGAAAUGUUCCAAAAACAUGACCUUACACUCUCUAGUAGGCAAGUUUCCGCCGCGGUACGCUCAAACGGGCACGACAAAUUCUCCGUAGCAUGGCUGCCCGUUUGCGCAAAAUGGCGUACCCUUAGAAAGAUCUCAGCCGUCCAAUUGUUCUCCUCGCAAAGGCUUGACGCCAGUCAAGCCCUUAGACAAGAAAAAGUGUCUGAACUUAUGGUUCACGUUAAGGAAUGUUGUAAAACAGGGGAAGCACUUGAUGUUGGUGGAGUUGCUUUUACAACAUCCCUAAAUUUGUUGUCCAACACGUUUUUCUCGUUCGAUUUGGCUAACUAUACUUCGAGUGAUACAGGGGAGUUUAAGGAGCUUGUUUGGAGUAUUAUGAAGGAGAUUGGAAAGCCUAAUUUGGUUGAUUGUUUUCCUAUCUUAAGGUUCUUAAGUAUGUUUAGUGUUAAUAAUAAUUUGAUGGGGUGUGGGAAUAAAUUGAACGAGGUUUUUGAAGAUAUCAUAGACAAGAGAUUGAAAAGUAAUGGUGUUUGUGGAAAUGAUGGUGAUGUGUUGGAUACACUUCUUAGAGUCAUGAAGGAGAAUGAUUCUGACUUGAGUCUUGAUGAUAUUAAGCACCUUCUCAUGGAUUUCUUUACAGCAGGGACAGAUACCACCUCCAGUACAUUAGAGUGGGCAAUGACAGAACUCCUCCACAACCCGGAAAAAAUGGCAACGGCACAAGCCGAAUUGAAACAAGUGCUCGGCGAGAACAAGACGAUCAUCGGAGAAUCGGACAUUUCAAAGCUUCCUUAUUUACAAGCCAUAGUGAAAGAGACUUUAAGGAUGCACCCACCAACCGUGUUUCUACUACCACGUAAAGCAAACAAUGACGUAGAAUUAUAUGGUUACAUCGUGCCUAAAAAUGCACAAAUAUUCGUAAACCUAUGGGCUAUUUCGCGAGAUCCUAAUCACUGGGUAAAUCCGGAUUUAUUUUCACCCGAAAGGUUUAUGGAACGCGAUAUUGAUAUGAAGGGACAGGAUUUCGGACUUAUUCCGUUUGGAGCAGGGAGAAGGAUAUGUCCCGGAGAUACGUUAGCGUUCCGAAUGUUGAAUCUUAUGUUGGGGAAUCUUCUUCAUGGUUUUAAUUGGAAGGUUGGAGAUGGGAUCAAACCUCAAGAUUUGGAUAUGAGUGAUAAAUUUGGGAUUACUAUACAGAAAGCUAUACCUCUUCGUGCCAUUCCACUUCCUAAGUAAAACAGAUCAAAUUAACUAUAGUAUAGAACUAGAACUAUAUGCUUUAUCAAAUAAAAUGGGUUGAUUACUUCGAUUAUAACUUCAUUCGAUUUUAAUUUACAGUUGAAAUGUUUUAAUUGUAUUCGUGCUGAUUAUGUUAAAACUUACAAAGUGUACCCUCGAAUGAUAAAAUAAUAAGAAAUCAAUUAAUCAUUAA